AUGGCCACCUGCACAAGCAAAAGUUCCAAAACAAUCCGGCAAGCCAUCCAACUCAAACAAGUGAUGAAGCUGUGGAAAGCCAUAAGCGUCGUCAAUGGUAAAUCCAACCCCACUCCCUCUGGCUUCCUUCCUGUUUAUGUCGGAUGGGACCGAACCCGGUUCUUGAUUCCUACCCGAUUCCUCAAAUAUCCGAUAUUUGUGGCUCUUCUUGAGAAAUCGGGAGAGGAAUUCGGGUUCAAGAUCAGUGGAGGGAUAGUGUUGCCAUGCGAUGUUGAGUUCUUCAAAGAAGUACUGCAUUUGCUUCAGAAGGAUGAGAAGAGGUAUGGUGGCUUAGAGCUCGACCAGUUCCUGAAGACAAUUUCUGAGGUGAGUACUCAUCAUUUUGAUUGCAAGAUGGAAGACGGCAAUGCUUAUGGUCAAUUUGUUGAUGGACUUAGAGAACCUUUGACGGAGAAAGCAUAA